UUUAUCUUGGCAGUUGCCUGAGAAUUAAUAUAGAUAAUUAUUUCAGACACGGACGCAAUGUCCUCUCACAUGUUCUGGCUCGGUAAACCCUGGUGAGAAGCUCUGCACAAAGUGGUGUUCUUUACCCAGUGGAGCGUGGAACACUAACAGAAAACGACAACACAUUAAAGGGAUUCGCAGCUUUCAAUAAGAAUUGAACGAAAAUGUCUUGGGAAGAGACAGACAGGGGAUUUGCAUCAAGAUCAAAACUACCUUCUGCAUUAAAAAACGAAAGUGAAGACAAUUAUGAACCUCCUAAUUUAUCUGAUCUCCAUCGCCUCCUCUGGACAAAAGCAGAAUCUGGGCACGUUGAUCAAGUCUGGCCAAACCUUUACCUGGGAGAUGCGUGGACUGCUCGAGACAAAGCCACUCUCCAGAGAUUGAAGAUUACUCACAUCCUCAACAGUGCCCAUGGAAAGUUCAACAUCAAUACAGGAGCAAAUUAUUAUAAGGAUAUGCUAAUACAUUACUAUGGAAUUGAGGCAUUUGAUAGCCCGGAUUUCAAUCUCAGUGUCUUUUUUUACUCAGCUGCAAAAUUCAUCCGAGCUGGUCUGAACACACCUGGAGGUAGAGUGUUUGUUCACUGUGCUAUGGGAAUGAGUCGAUCAGCCACUCUGAUCUUUGCCUUUUUAAUGAUCUGUGAAAAGAUGACUCUUGUUGAAGCCAUUACAGCCGUGAGCCCUCACAGAAAUACAUCACCAAAUGCUGGCUUCCUCGGCCAACUGCAGGAGCUUGACAGGUCCCUAAUGCAAGAAAGGAAGCAAUAACUCCAACUUGUCACAGCUUAAAGUGAAUGCAAAACAUCUGCUUGGAAAGGAAUGCUGUGCAAUAAAACAAUUAAUUAAUCGCUGGACUUUAUAUUUGAACUCAAGUUCAGUCCCACUUGCCCACUGGAGUGGGAAGUUAUUUAAUCUUGCCUAUAGCAUUGAAGAGGUUUGAUUGGUGAUCUUAGCCCUAUUGUUUGAGUUGAUUUUCAAAGUACUGAGACUUAUGGAAACCCUGUGUAUUCAAUCAUAAUUUCUGCUAAGAUCAGAUGUUCACAAUGUGGAUAAUAAUAGUGACAUAUAUGCACCCUUUCAUUCUGGGGUCUAUUAUGCAUGUUAUUUAAACCAUGUGUAACAUGUGUACAGAAGGAAUUGUCUUUAAUAAUGUAAUUAACUACCAAUGACAAACAUUCAACUAAUGUUCAAUACAAUAUAAAUACAAUUUCUAUUUAUUCUG